AUGCCAGAGGGAUCAAAGGACAGCGAAGGCCACCGAGAUAACGAGGUACGACCUUGCCGAUCAAUGGCAAUACAUGCCAAGAUUCGCUUACAGGCAGAAGCUCUUCACCGUACGAAAGCUGCCCAGGUAAAGAGCGAAAUCGCAACAGAUCUCUCAAACCUUGACUGGCACACGAUCACCGUCGAAGAGCUACAGAAACGUUGGCAGGUUGAUGCAUCGCAAGGCUUGUCAUCCGAGCAAGUUCAAAGACGCCUGCGUCAAUAUGGCAAGAACUCCCUCGCUGCCCUACCUCAUCGAUGGUUCUGGCAGAUAUUUGGAUACUUUUUCAAAGGUUUUGGAGCCAUCCUUCUUGUCGGAUGUGUUCUCGUCUUCGUGUCGUGGAAGCCCCUCGGCCAACCACCGUCACAAGCAAACUUGGCUCUAGCUAUCGUCCUGCUUGCUGUGUUUUUUAUCCAGGCUGGGUUCAAUGCUUGGCAAGAUUGGUCCUCUUCCCGGGUUAUGGCAUCUAUCACCGCCAUGUUGCCGGAAAGUUGCUUGGUUCAGAGAGACGGUUCCCAGGUCACCGUUGAUGGACCAGACAUCGUUCCGGGCGAUGUUGUCUACCUCAAAGCCGGAAACAAGCUACCCGCCGAUGUGCGGCUUAUUGAAGUCUCAAACGACGCAAGCUUCGAUCGGUCCAUUCUCACUGGCGAGUCGCUACCGAUUCACGGCACUGUGGAUUCGACCGAUGAUAACUACCUUGAGACACAUUGCAUCGGUCUCCAGGGCACACAUUGUGUUUCUGGAAAUGCGAAGGGAAUCGUCGUCGCCACCGCUGAUUCGACGGUCUUUGGUGGUAUCGCUAAAUUAACGAACGAGCCAAAAAAAGGCCUGACAACUCUGGAGAAAGAAGUCCUGCGGUUUGUCCUACUGAUUGUGCUUAUCAUGUUGACUAUGAUCAUUGUCGUAGUCAUUGUAUGGGCAACUUGGCUCAGAGUCGAUCAUCCGGACUGGAUCAAUGUUCCUACUCUGAUUGUUGACUGCGUCAGUGUCGCGAUUGCGUUUAUUCCAGAGGGCCUGCCAAUUGCGCUGACUGCUAGCUUGACUAUCACUGCUAAUCUCAUGCGAAAGAAUAAGAUCCUUUGCAAGUCGCUAAAAACAGUGGAAACCCUAGGUGCUGUGUCCGUUAUUUGCUCCGACAAAACUGGCACUUUGACAAGGAACAAAAUGUUCGUCACUGAUUGUGCGAUAUCCAGCUCAACCCUGAGCCCGGAGUCGGCAAGAGACCGGAUGGUGAUGGACGGAAAGGCAUCUGGCGUCCACCAACUCCGUGCUGUGGCCGCUUUGUGCAAUGCGGCCGAGUUUGAUGCUUCCUCCUCCACCCUGCCUCUUGUUGAGAGACAUAUAUAUGGAGAUGCCACAGACCAGGCUAUCCUCAGGUUCUCUGAGAGCUUAGGUCCCGUUUCGGAGCUACGUCAGGCGUGGAAGAUGACCUACGAACUGCCAUUCAAUAGCAAAAACAAAUUCAUGGUCCGCACGUUUAAUGCGGCACAACCCAACGGAUAUGGAUUGGCACUCUCGGCAGCUGAAGCAGUGCAGUUUAGACAAAGUGACGGUCUCUUAACAAUCAAGGGUGCCCCAGACAUCUUGAUUGAGCGGUGCACGCAUACUAUUGGCCUGGAUGGUAAUGUGGAGGCGCUUGACGACAAUAUGCGAAGGAAAAUGCUCGAGGUGAAAGACCGCUGGUCCAGCGAAGGCCGACGUGUCAUUCUACUUGCUCGCAAAAUUCUUCCAGCAGCAGAAAUCCUUGUACAUCCGUCUUCUCGUGAAUUUGAGUCUGAAAUGAUGACCCAAGCAAAGACUGGCUUAGUUCUUGUCGGUCUAGUUGGCAUCGUUGAUCCGCCUAGGGAAGAGAUCCCCGACGUUAUCAAGACGCUGAGACGGGCUGGGAUUAGGAUCUUUAUGGUAACCGGCGAUUUUGGGCUGACUGCUUUGGCUAUCGCACGGCAAUGCGGCAUUGUGACAACUGAAAGCACAGUUGACACUGUAGCCUCCCUACAUAGGUCUACCCAUAUAGCUGAGAAGAUUCCUCCAUCGACACCUUCGCCCGCGAUCGUCGUAAGUGGACCUGAGCUUAUGUCCUUGGAUGACUGUCAGUGGGACCAGCUCUGUCGAUACCAGGAAAUUGUUUUCGCAAGAACUACACCAGAACAGAAGCUUCGCAUUGUCAGGGAGUUCCGUGCACGGGACGAGAUUGUCGGUAUGACUGGGGAUGGAGUCAAUGACGCUCCAUCUCUCAAGGCUGCCGACAUUGGAAUUGCUCUAGGUAGUGGCUCUGACAUUGCCAUAGAAGCUUCUGACAUGGUCCUUCUGGACAGCUUUUCGGCAGUUGUGGAAGCCGUGCAGUAUGGUCGGGUUGUUUUUGAUAACCUAAAAAAGACCAUUGUUUACUUGCUGCCUGCUGGUUCCUUUUCCGAAUUCUGGCCUGUCUUCACUAAUGUUAUGUUUGGCCUUCCUCAAGUUCUCUCGUCAUUCCUCAUGAUCAUCAUCUGCUGCUUCACCGACUGCGCCGCCGCUACCGUUCUAGCCUACGAAGCCCCGGAAGCCGACGUUCUUCUGCGUCCACCACGCAAGCCCAAGCGCGACCGUCUCGUGAACUGGAAGUUAGUAUUCCACGCUUAUGGUAUUCUCGGUAUGCUGGAAAGUGUGGCCUCCUUCGCCAUGGCAUAUUGGUACCUCGAACGCAGCGGGAUCCCAUUUUCAGCGUUAUGGUUCAAAUUCGGAGCCGUUCCCUCGAACGUAGACCCGGACUACUACCAGGCCCGUCUAAACGAGGCCAGUUCGAUCUACUUCAUCAACUUGGUCGUCAUGCAAUGGUUCAACCUGAUGGCUGUUCGAACCCGCCGCCUAUCCAUCUUCCAGCAUCCUCCGGCCUUCAACAAGGAUACGCAAAAUCUCCUUCUUUUCCCGGCGAUUGCUUUCGCUCUCUGCAUGGCCAUCUUCUGGUUAUAUGUUCCUCCUUUCCAGGAGGUAUUGGAUACAAGUAGCGUGCCAGCAGAGCAUUAUUUCUUACCUGCUGCUUUUGGCUUGGGUAUUCUUUGUCUGGAUGAGUUGCGUAAAGCGGCGGUCCGGAGGUGGCCGAAAGGAAUUUUGGCUAGAUGUGCUUGGUAG